CUUUAUUCUUAUGGUGUAAUUGAACCCUGGUUCGAAUCUCAGCGACAACACAUUUCUUACCUACUUCGAUCCACAGUUUAAGAACGGUACAGACGUUAAUUAGGCAAAACUUGGCGUUUCCCGCUUAAAAUGUUUAAUAUCCGGACUCCCUUGUUUGUUUGUUUGCUAUUGUUAAAUGCAGUAGCUAUCCUGUCAGAAGAUCGCUUUUUAGGGCGUCUGGGGUUGUCUCACCGCAGCGAUUUCGGUUUUGGUGAGAGUAAGGAUACUGUCAAAUCCCGUGUGUUAAAUCUUAUUCGAGCCAUCCGUACAGUAAUGACCUUUCCCUUGAUUGGAAUUAAUGCUAUUGUCAUUGUUUACAAGCUUAUUCUCGGCUAAUGAUAUAAAUAUUUGUGGACGAUGCAAUCUUGCCAAAAAAAUCAGGAAUUAUACACGAUUUGAACGAAGAUCAGUACAGGUGUACUGAUUCAAUCGAAUCAAUAGUAGCAUAUGAGAGUGUUACCAAGAUCCGGCAUUUGCUACUGAAUUCUGGGGUAGAAAUAAGUUUUCAAUUCUUCACCUACUCGACUUGUCCUCAGAUGAAUGUACUAGAAACGGUCCAUAUUAUUUAAAAGUAGGAUAAGGUUUUAGUUUCAUUCAUUCAUACAUCUGUUUAUUCUGGCUAAUUGUUGAUAAGUUUUUGACUUUUAACCGAAUUGCUUAUUUAACUUUAAAAACCUUAUCUUAUUUAAAG